CAAACGUCGUACAGAGCACAUCAUCCAAUUCCCCUCAGAAGAGUCUCUGAAUUUCCAAAAAAAAAUACCCACCAGUGACAUUAUCCAGUUGAGUGAAUGAAACAAUGUCCAGUGAAUGGUUAACACUCGUGUGAAUCAUCCGAAUUAACGAGCAGGGGUUUCAACGCCCUCAGGAUGAUCUUGAGGAGAGUCGGCCUGUAAUUCACUGGGUAUCUGGAUAUAUAACGAUACGAAAAUGUCUAUGGCAUCGAUCGAAACCAUGGGCUCCGUCAAGGAUGCACCUGAAAAAAAACUGGUGAACCUUAAUCUCAUAUCUCUCAAGUGCCUGCUCUUCCUCUUCUUCGGGGGAAUGGGCUGUCUAUUUCCAUUCCUUCCUCUCCACAUGGUAAAGGUUGGUCUGACCCUGGAGGAGACACGACUGGUGUCCAUGAUAUCCCCAGUGAUAGCUAUAAUUGGUCCCCUGAUCGUAGCCCCAGUGGCUGAUAAACUGGCGAGUUGUCAGGGCUCAAAACCAUCUACUGGGCGAUACCUCCGGGUUAUGAUAGCCAUCGUCAGCUUCCUGUCUGCUGUAUUCUACUCAUUACUCCUGCUGGUACCCAUCGUCGAGAGAAUAGAAUUGCCGAAGGAAUUGCGACCGACUCUUAAGUUUGCCUGCGAUAGGAACGGUGCCACCAUUUUUCAGGAGAGGAACAAUGAGUUCUCCACUUGUUACAAUUGGACGAGUGACAGCAGAGUCUGUGGUAUUUUACUCAGGAAUUGUCGUUAUGAGUGUCCACCCACUGUUCCUAUUAGGCAAAGUGCCAGGAAUAGGGUUGUUAACCUACCGGAGAGGAGACCUGACAUUGAUUUCGAGGGGAGUGGAGAUUUGUCUGUUAAACCACUCGAUCUUACCAAUGAUGAGGUGGAGUGGAGGAAAAAGGACCGACACAAUGCCCCGAAACACCGGAGAUUUGUGUCAGCUGAGAAAGCACCACCUCACCUGUGCUUUGACAAUGGCAAGGAGCGCGUCUGUCACGUCUACACGAAUGCCUCAAGGAGUUUGUCAAUUCAAGCGAGCUUCCAGGUGGCAAGCAACGCCCGAGAGCGAGGGGACUGGUGUGCCUACCCCAUCGCCGAGAGCCACUGCAGAAUUCCCAAUGAUUUGGAAAUCAGGUACAACGGCUCGUGCACGGUUGAGUGCGAUCUACUCGAUCCGUCCAUGCUGCAAGUGAACAUCGACACAGAGAACCAGUGCAGUCAGGUGGCAGGUGAUCCAGAGAUGACAUUCUGGAUGUACAUAACGAUUCGUUCCCUAGCUGAUAUAUUUCCAACAGCUGGAGUUGCUCUGAUAGACGCAGCGAUGGUGAUAGCAACACGAGAGACAUCCUGUGGACGUGGUGACGUGGGUAGACAAUUGGCAUUUGGCUCUCUGGGUUUUGCCACCUUCGGCUCUCUCUCGGGCUACCUGAACACCCUGACAUCACCUCGGCCCCCGUAUCUCCUGCCAAUAGUCCUUCACGUCGUGCUGAUGGUGUUGACAGCUGUGGUAUCGCUGUCCUCCAGUGGAAUGCCCCUGAGUCCACCCGAGUGGUGGUGGCACACGAGAUCAGGAAUGCUGGCUGUACCAAUGAGUGCAGUUAAACGUUAUGGCAGUGAAACCGCUGCACUUGUCCUGGUGAUGAUGAUCCUGGGUACAUUCUGGAGUGCAAUGGACUCGUAUCUGCCACUUCAUCUGUCAAAUCUUCAAGCUGAUGCCCUGACAGUGGGUGUUGUUCUCACUGUUGGUGCAGUACCAGCUAUUGUAUUCCUCUGGAGGUCUGAACACCUCGUCGACUACUGUGGACACAGCAAUCUCCUGAUAAUAGCAUUUACGAUGUAUAUCGUGAGAUUCACUGGGCUGAGUCUCGUUAAUCAUCCCUGGUGGGCUCUCGCUGCUGAGGCCUUUGAACUAUUUACACUUGGUAUCAUGUGGAUCACUGCCAUUCUUUAUCUCAGGCACCUCAUCCCCAGGCAUCUCACUGUCACUGCUCAGGCACUACCUGUUGUUGCUCAUUUCUGCGUGGGCAGGUGUCUCGGUGCUGUUAUCGCUGCCUACAUCGACUUCGGGGAGACUGACGUCGAAUCAAUCAAACUCGUGUAUCAGUGCAUGGCUAUUGCUGCUGCUAUUGUUGCAGUUGUUUACUUCAUCGUUUAUCAUGGAGUUCUCAAGCCGAGGUGUCAUGCACAGAAUGUUCAGGGCAGCAGGAAUACACCGUCCGUUGUUCAAGGUAUGAAUGGAAAUGGACGCUACACCCCACUGCGAGUGUAUCACAAUGGAAUGGGCAAAAAGGGCCAGUUUCGAUACUAGAAGAACACCAAUGGAAUGAGGUAAAUUGGGCCUCUUUGGGGACCUCGAUGAAUGCCUGUACCUUGCUGACAGCAAGAUUGAGACACUUCGGAGAGGAGAAAAUCCUCGGAGAGCCCCUGGCAUUCGACUCAUCCACGGUCGUCUGUUCAAUCGUGGAUUGAGCGCAAAUAACGAGAACUUUCCUAAAUUAUCGGAUUGUCACGUGAAUCUAGAUUGAUAAGAAGCUAUUUAUUGCCACGUCUCGUACAUUUUAAUCGAUUACGAAUCAAUAUUUUUUGAUACCCUACAAAAUGUCAAUCGUAUCCAGAGUCUAAAGCAUGAAGUUGUAUUUAUUUAUUUAUCCUGGGAAUUUUAUUAUUCACUUUAGACCAAAAAUCGUACUCCUGGAGUCUGUAUUUUCUACUUGUAUUAUUAUUUUACAGAUUCAGAGUCAUUACCGAAAGAUGUUAUCCAAAAGGUGUAAUUUUUUACUGUAUGAGGAGUUAUGAAUAAAUUUUAAUGGUCUGAUGAAACA